GAAAGGAGCUGGGAAAAAAAAGGAAGGCUCCGGCCGCCCCGUGCUAUUAGCCCGGCUGGGAGAGCGUCUGCCGCUGGCAUGUGACACGGCUGAGGCGAGCGGCACGGACGCUGCAUACACACGCGGACCGCAGGUAUGAGGCUCCGGCAGCUGCUGUGCGUCGUGUUCCUGCUCCUGGCCAGCCUGCUGCCCGCCGCCGCGCAGAGACCCGCCAACCUGGCCCUGCGCAGGAAGCUGCACCGACACAGCUGCUCGCACCGGCGGUGCAUGCCGCUCCACUCCCGCGUGCCCUUUCCCUGAACGCCCUGCAAAGCAAUUUCAUAAUGGGCUUUCCAGUGUCUUAAAGGAGGAAGCUGCAACAACUGCACUGAUAGAGAAGCUCAUUCUAAGUACAGCUCGCCAAUAGCUGACCUGGUGGAGCCACAACAAUCCUGUUUUGAGGCAAUCCAUCCAAAAUGAACAUUUUCAACAGUCCUGUGUAUCACAUUCUGCAUGACCUGGAACAAAGCCCAUGACUCAUAUCCUAGAAGUAGGGGGAAGGGAGAAACAGGGGAGAUGAUGGGGGGAGGGGGAGGAUGUACCUGAAACUUCACUGGUUGAAAUGCACGUUAUUUGAAUCUUACAAUGAUCAGUGAAAAUUAAAGACCAAAUCAAACAUCAGACAUCCAAAAUGGAUUUCCAGUGGCAUGGAGAAGGAUUUGUCCAAAGGGACUCUUAAUGGUCUAUGCUAUUUAGAUGAAGAAAUUGGAUGUGCUGUUGAACGUAUUCAACUCAAGCUAUGCACGUAAAGCAAUAUUUAGUGUGAAAUGUUAGACUUAUACACAGAACUGUUUAAGGCCAUUUUUAGUUAGUACAUUCAUAUAUUAAUGAUAUGUAUAUUUUAACACCUAACAUUUCAUCUGUUUGAAUUUAUCUUAAUAGUGUAGAAUGUGUUAUUGUAAAUAGCACCAAAGUCAGCCAUACUCCUAGCUUUUCACUAAGCAUUCCCACAGUGAAAAAAUUAUGAUACAAGAAAGUAAAGGCAGUAUUAUCCCUCAUUCUCUAGAUAGAGAAUUAAGGCACACAGAGAUAAGGGAUCGUGCAAAACUGAUAACUCAAGUCUCCCAAGUCUGGCCUUAAGGUCAAGCCCAUCCAGCUCUUAAUGAGCUGUUACUGCAAAGCCUAUCAUUUGUUCCCUUAAACUGGCCUGUCAUACCAGGCAGCUAAAACAUUUUUGAAAACUCAGUACUAUAGAUCUACUUGUUCAGUAGUUUUCCUAAAAUACUCACGACAGCACUAUAAAUAGAGCAUAAAAAUAGACCAUUGAAAAGAAACCUUUGUCUGAUCACUGCCAGUGCUCUGUAGUACACUAUUCCUGUGGUUAAAAUGAAUGGAAUACUGGGAACGUGGCACUACAAUGAGUAAGAACUUAAAAGAGAAAAACAAGCUGUUCUCUGCACCAGAGGUCAAGAAUAAACAGCUUUUAUUUCACUUUUUAUUUUUAAAAAUAAGCUUUUGACAGCUUUUUAUAUCGACAGAAAUUACCAACUACAUUUAAAGCAAAACACGGCAGUCCUUUCAUUAAGGGGAGCUAAAACAACCCAGAAAUUUAGUAGGUGUCAAUCUGGACACGACUAUUUUAUGAAACUUUUGGUAUUAAAAACAAGGAAAUAGUUAUAAGGAUGAGCAAAGAUGAGCAGUUGUAGUAGUGAAUUAUCUCAAUCCAUUAUUAGAAUUCUGUUUCAUAAAGCAUAGUUAUUAAUAAGUGAAAUAUCAACAAUCAUUAAGGCUGGAUAGUUGAAGCUUCCUAAUCAGCGUCCACUUGUAACCCCUUAUCUCUAAGGAUUUGAAACCCUAGUCAGAAUUGCACUGGAAAAAUAUGACAAGAGUUUUAAGUUUCUCUAUAUAGAAAACACACAGGAAAGUUUAACAUCACCUUAUGCUGGGUUUUUGAAAAAUGGACAGUGCCAUCAAAACAGUCAAACUUGUCUAUACCAACGAACAGCCAUCAAGGUAAAUCUUUGAAGUUAGUUUCCAAAAUUAGAAGCAUGCUGCCAUUAAAAUUAGUUGUGUUUUUUUUUUUUAUUUAACUUAGCCUUCUUAUAUAUCUAAAACAGAGAUUAUGGAAAGCAAGAAAUCUCAAAAGUAACUAUUUAAUGGUUAUCUUAAUAAUGAGUGUAUAGAUUUAAUACCGAAGUCCUAUAUAUGCAUGUUCCUUUAUGAAUAUAAGAAGAAAUACAACGCUCACCAAAGUGUCCUAGGAAGCCUGUCGUCAGUCUCUACAAAAUUUUAAAUGUCUGGGUUUUGUUUUUGUUUUUUUUUUUUUAGACAUGUUGGUAACUAAAUUUUCUUUGAGAAAGACACUGAUGGCAAUAUAUGAUAGAUAUGUUUAUAUGCUAGCUGAUUGUAUAUUUUGUAAAAAGUAUGCACUUCAAAUAGCAGUGCUUCAUUUUAAGUAAUCCUUGUACACUGCUCGACAUUGCUAUUCUUCAGAUGUCAGAGGUGAUGCACCUAAGGAAAAGAGAGGUUUUUUCCUACUUUUUCUGUAAAUUGACAUGGGAUCCAUGUGUAAAACCUUUUCUUACUGCAUUUCUUACAAAUAAAUGCUAAAUUCUGGUAAAAAGUCA